UAAUUUUUUUACAUAUACAUGUAGACGUACAGAAUAUAAUAGCAAUAAAUUCACUUUGAUAUUUAGAAUUGGAAUAAGAUUGUCCGUUUUUCAUAACAGACUUACUUCUACAAGAAUCGACAUGAAGGUGUUGGUAGUGGUAGUCCUGGUUUUCCUUGCCUUAGCCUCAGCUGCCAAACUACGGAAGGCUGCAGAACCCAUCCCAGGCAGCUACAUCAUUAAGAUGAAGGAUGGUCAUGAUGUAGUCUCCAUUGCAGCAGGCCUAGGUCACCCGAAAAUCUUGCAGGAAUACAAAACCGUCUUCAAUGGAUUUUCUGCAGCUUUGACUGAUGACAUGCUUCAGGCUGCUCUAGAGUCGGAUGCUGUGGAAUAUAUUGAAGAAGACGGUGUGGUAAGGACCGAUGAGGUUGCGUCCUGGGGGCUUGACCGAGUUGAUCAGAUGACCCAUGAAGGAGAUGGCGUCUUUGAACCGAUGGGAAAUAAAGGAGAAGGGGUUAACAUCUACGUUGUCGAUACUGGUAUCUACAUUAGCCACAUGGACUUUGAUGGGAGGGCGUCUGUCGGAAUCGAUGUUAGACCUAGUGGAGAUGGAAUCGAUUGUAAUGGGCAUGGAACACAUUGCGCUGGCACGGCAGCAGGAACUACGUUUGGAGUGGCCAAGAUGGCAAACUUGUUUGCAGUACGUGUUCUCAAUUGUAACGGGUUCGGUAGCAUCAGUGACAUGGCCGCAGGUGUUGAUUGGGUAGCAGCGAACAGAAUUCUUCCUGCGGUUAUCACUAUGUCAUUAGGGUCUGGUGUUAGUGAUAUCAUUGAUACUUCUAUACGUGGUGUAGUAAAUGCUGGUGUCAGUGUGUCCGUGUCUGGUGGUAAUGAUGACUUCUCAUCAUGUCAAAAGUCUCCUGCUAGAAACCCUGAGGCAAUCACAGUUGGCGCCACCGACUCGUCUGACGUCCGAGCCAGCUUCUCUAACUAUGGUUGUUGUGUUGAUAUCUUUGCACCUGGUGUCGACAUCACAUCGGCCUGGUAUGGCUCGGACGAUGCUACGAAUACCAUCAGCGGUACUUCCAUGUCAACGCCCCACGUAGCUGGUGCCGCGGCAUUAAUUCUAGGAGACGAGACAACACUGACUCCAGCCGAAGUAAAAGGACGUAUCCAGACCAAAGCCAUUGCUGGCGUCGUUGUGGAUGCCAAAGGAGGAUCACCCAAUCUUAUGCUCUACGUUGGAACUUCAGGCUCAGGUGGCGGUUACAUACCCGAGCCCUGCUAUUUCUAUGAAUCAUGCGGUGGAUAUUUCAGUGGUACUUCUGGUUCUUUUGCUAGUCAACAUUAUCCAGAACACUAUGACAUCAGUACUACAUGUGACUAUAUUGUUUCAAACCCCCUCAAGAACCAUUCUGUCACCGUUGUUAUAGAUGAAUUCGAGCUCGAGGCUAAUUCCCUCUGCACUUGGGAUUCUCUUAGCAUCUACGAUGGUUCAGACUCAUCUGCACCGCUGAUAGGAGAAUACUGUGGUCUGAACAACCCUGGUAUCAUUACCAGCACAGGAGAUACCAUGUUCCUAAGAAUGAAAUCAGACAGUUCUGUAACGAAACAGGGCUUUCACGCUAAGUAUACUUCAGGAGGGGAGAGAGGUGGAUGUGGACACACCUUUACCUCUGAUGGUGGAUUUAUAUUCUCACCAAACUAUCCUCAUGAGUAUGGCGACAACCAUGACUGUACUUUCAUUAUAGAAGGAGCUGUUGAUAAGAUGGUCACCAUUACCUUCGAUGACUUCGAAGUUGAACAGCAUACGGGAUGUGACUUUGACUCUUUGAAGAUAUAUGAUGGUGAUAGCGACCAGGGGACUCCUUUGGUUAUUCUAUGUGGUCUGGACAUACCCGAGCCAGUCAGCUCAACCUUGGGUUCAGGGCUCUUCCUCAAGUUCAAGUCUGAUUCCAGUGUCUCUCGCAAGGGUUUCAGUGCUAUGUUCCAACUUGAAUAAAAUCGAUACAUGUUUACACAAUGUUACCCAUGCUUCAUCUUGGCAUUUAAACCAUCAUGAUGCAUCCAUUCGACUCAAAACCAAACAGAUGUUAAUGAUAGUGAACAAAAAAUAUAAUGAUGUAUGUGUGAUAAUGUAUUUUCAGAGCUGUGCCUUCCUUUAUUUAAUACAAUCGUACUGAGAGAUCCAGAUUUGUAGUCAAUCCUUCAUAUUACAAUAUUGUGUUUUAUCCGAAUUUGCCCUCUAAUUGCACAAAUUUCAAUCAUUUUUAUAAGUAAAUGUAAAGUUUGGAACACAUUAUACAAAUUUACUUUGACACUGUGAUACAUAAAUGGCGAAGUAAAAAUUUCGAGAUUUUUCAUCAGAUCUCUCUUUCUAAGACUAUGGCAUGUUUUGAUGAAAAAUAAUAUAUUUUGAAUGAACUGAUACUGGUGUAUCAGUCUGUCAUUUCAUCUUAAAUUUCAAUAAACUGAAAAUAAAUCCAUAUCAGCCGUGAAUAGUGACCAGAAGGACACUGAAUUCAACUUAAAAACUUAAAGAUUUAGAAAUAAAUCUUGAGGAUAAGUUAAAUCCAGAGUUCAACUGACCGUGAACAACGGUUAUUCUGGAUCGAUGUAAUUUUGACUAUGAUAUGAAUGAAAUACA